UCUCAUUGUUCGCAGGUAGAGGAUUAGAGGACUGAAUCUCUCAUUGCUGCCUUAUUGCUUCUUUUGUUGUUGUUGUUGCCUUGAGGACUGGAGUACUUUUAGUUGCCUUUGGAGGAGCUGGACAGUCUGACUUUGCAAAUGACCAAGAGUGGUGCCUACUUAAGGACAUGGAUUUUCUCUGCAGAGAAGUGGAUGUUAUAUCAGGAAUGUCUGCUGGCAAACAAAUGAUAUGCACAACAUGCUAAGAAGAUUCCAGAAAGAAAGUUUGCUGACCAAAAUGCUGUAGAAAAUUUUGAAGAAAAGUUGUAUUAUUUUUGUUCAUUUCAUUUCAGGAAGAAAUAAUAGCCUUCAUUAAAUCAGGGAGAAAAGCAUCUUGUAAAACAUUAUCAUGGAGCAAAUUAGAGGCAGAAUGAACCAGCGCCUCUCCAGAUGUUCUCAAACUACAACUCCCAGUAUUCAACAAGUUAGUUGAAGUGUGACCGAUCCCCUUGCGCCUGCGCAAUGGCACCACCUCCCAGUCUCCUCCCCGUCUGCCGUUGAAUGAACGAGGCGUCGUGGCAACGUCACUAAGAGUCCCGGAUAUGUCAGGUCAGGGCGUUAUGAAGAGACCACAAGGGGACCGCCGCAGCUAUUGCGUAUCGUUUGCAGGUUUGAUAUUUCAGGUGACAUUGCUGUCUCUGGUGUGGGUGUCUCCCUGAUCCGUUUCCAUUUCUGUCUGCUAAUAUUCUAUGGACCCAGCUGACCAGGUGCAGAAGCAAUUAGAGUGAAGAUUACAUACACAUAAUUCUUUAACCUGUGAAAUCCUAUCUGAUCUCCAAGCUGGCGAUGUCAAGGGUACCGAGUCCUCCUCCUCCGGCAGAGAUGUCAAGCGGACCUGUUGCAGAGAGCUGGUGUUACACUCAAAUUAAAGUGGUCAAAUUUUCCUACAUGUGGACCAUCAAUAACUUCAGCUUUUGUCGAGAGGAAAUGGGUGAGGUCAUCAAAAGUUCAACAUUUUCAUCAGGAGCUAAUGAUAAAUUGAAAUGGUGUUUGCGUGUGAACCCAAAGGGCUUGGAUGAAGAAAGUAAAGAUUAUCUUUCACUCUAUCUGUUACUGGUCAGCUGCCCGAAAAGCGAAGUCCGAGCCAAAUUCAAGUUCUCUAUUUUGAAUGCAAAAGGAGAAGAAACAAAAGCAAUGGAGAGUCAGAGAGCCUAUCGCUUUGUGCAAGGCAAAGACUGGGGAUUCAAGAAGUUUAUCAGAAGAGAUUUUCUUCUAGAUGAGGCAAAUGGGCUCCUUCCAGAUGACAAACUCACUCUCUUUUGUGAGGUGAGUGUAGUACAGGACUCUGUCAAUAUCUCCGGCCAGAAUUCCAUGAACAUGGUGAAGGUACCUGAAUGCCGCUUGGCUGAUGAGUUGGGAGGCCUCUGGGAAAACUCUCGCUUCACAGAUUGCUCCCUGUGUGUAGCAGGCCAAGAGUUUCAAGCUCACAAAGCCAUAUUAGCAGCUCGUUCUCCAGUUUUCAGCGCAAUGUUUGAACAUGAGAUGGAAGAGAGUAAAAAGAAUCGAGUUGAAAUCAAUGAUGUGGAACCUGAAGUUUUCAAAGAAAUGAUGUGUUUCAUUUAUACGGGAAAGGCACCUAAUCUUGACAAAAUGGCUGACGAUCUGCUUGCAGCAGCUGACAAGUAUGCUUUGGAACGUUUGAAAGUGAUGUGUGAGGAUGCUUUGUGCAGCAAUUUGUCAGUGGAGAAUGCAGCAGAGAUCCUAAUUCUGGCUGAUCUACACAGUGCUGACCAGCUAAAAACUCAGGCAGUUGACUUCAUAAACUACCAUGCUUCUGAUGUCAUGGAGACUGCAGGCUGGAAGUCGAUGGUAGUAUCUCACCCUCAUUUGGUAGCAGAGGCAUAUCGUUCACUGGCCUCUGCGCAGUGCCCCUUUCUGGGACCCCCACGCAAACGGCUGAAGCAAUCCUAAGGCUGGGUUCCCCACUGCACAACCCUCUGUCUGUAUUUUUCUUUUAAAAAUAAUUGAAGUAGCAACAGAAGCAGUUGCUUCUCAAAACUUGAUCAUCAGGUAGAUGAUGCAACCCAUGGAGCUUUUUAUUUUGUUUUGGGUGGGUCAGGGUGGGUUGGGAGGAAGAGUAUUUUGGAACAUGCAGACUUCUAAACAAAACAAAACACAAUACCAAGUCAACUUUGGGGCAAACGGGAGGGAUAUGCUUUGGGAAAGGGGAUUGUUCAACCUCUGUUGCUGCAUUUUCUGUGUGUUUUCCUUUGAAUGGCUGAGUCAAGAACUUAAAAAUUGACCAGGCAUAUGAUUCCCCAAUCUUAAAUGGAAUUUAAAGUGAAAAAACCAACAAGAGGCUUCUUCAUCUGACAGCACAGAAGAAAUUGGCAUGGUUGGAGCAAAGAAGACAUUUUCUUUUAUUUGGGAAAUCAAUUGGGGAAUGGGGGAAAUGAGUUGGCCGUGGCAAACCAAAUCCCAUAAAAGGAAGCAUUGGUGGAAUUUCUGUUGAAAGAUUUUUGAAAAAAGGACAGACCUUCUGACCCUACUGAGAUUUUUGCAUUUACCGUCCAACCAUGAUGAGACGAUUGCUAUGUCUUGUACAUGAAUUGGGAUGGGAAAAAAGAAGCAGAUGAAUAAUCUUGUCAAAAUGACAGCUUCUUAAAAAUGCUGAUAAAGGGACUGCUCCAGGAUACACUUUCUGGAAGACGGGGGUAGGAUGGAGACAGCCAUUAUCAGUUUUCAGGAACCAUUGUGGUUCCUCUUCACUUGGAAUGGGAUAUCCAAGAACAAUGGUUAAUUGUUUAGAUAUUGUGGGAGCUUUGUUCUUCUCUUUUUCCCUGCUUAAUUUUUUUUGUUCUGAAUUCCCGUGAUUCUUCCUCCAUAUACAAAUAUUUUUUGUUCUGUUUUUUUAAAGAAAUUUAAUUGUUCAUCAAUACUUAUGUCAAAAGUUUCUUGUUCUGGGUUGCUAAAAACAACUGAGUAUUUGUAUUCAUUUACUGGUUUGUAGAAAAUUUGGUCCUGUUUCAUUUUAAGCCCAUUUUCUGUUACAGGUAAAAUGUUCCAAAAUUGUGGAAAAGCUCUUUUUCUCCUUUUGAGUUUUCUUUUGGUGGGGGGCGGGGUAUAAUUACUCUUUUGUACUGUGCAUUGCUAUGUCUUGUCUUCAUGGGUUUUAUUUUAUUUUUUAAAAACAUAUUUUCUCCAAGUUCAGAUUUAGUUCUUUGGGUCUUUUUAUUGAUGCAAACAUUUUACAUCCAGGGAUGAUAGCAGCAGAUACUAAGGCAUUGGUUUAAUACUUUGGUAAGAUCUUGCUCUGAGAGUUGCCCUCUCUGGGGCCAUGAAGGCAGGUAUUAGUUUUUCAGUGUUUUCUUGUAUUUUUCUCUUUUUCCUUUUCUACAAAGGAAAUUGGCUCAAGAGAUAAGUAUCUGAAUCUCUCAGCCUAUCAGUACCUUAAGUAGAAAUACUGCAGACACUUGGGAUGGAUGGAAUUUGUCCUAUGGGAUCCUCAUUUUAUCUCUAAGCCUGAGGAAAAAUCCUAAAGAAAAACAGAGAAAUAAUAUGGUAUGGAGAAACACUUCCCCAAUUUAAUUAUAACAAUUUACUCUUGAUAAACAUAAGAUCUGCAUUUUACACAAAUGAGAGUGCAGUUGAUGCAUCACUUUUUUGGACAUGUCCUCAAAGUCCUUUUCUCUAAUGUUGCUUUGCCUCACUAGAGCAAUGAAGUAAAGGUAAAAUAUUCCUCUGUUACAGAGAUGGUUUCUAGAUUUUUUUCAGUCUUUUGCACAAUCUUUGGCUUUAUGAUGGUCUUCCACACAAAUACUGACCAGAUUUAAUCUUCCUAGCUUUUCAGCCAGUUAGAUACUGCCACCUAGUUGGCAAAGUGAUAAGGAGGAUCUAAACAGAAUUUUAAAUUUGCUCCUUUUUAGGACCUCUUUUAUUUUUCCCAUUUGAUGUCUGCACUCACCAACUUCAGUUUUCAGUCUUCCUUUUCAACCUAAUUAAACUUUUUAUAGUUGGUGAACAGGCUUUGCUUUCACUAGACCAGGGGUUGGCAACCCGCGGCUCCAGAGCUGCAUGUAGCUCUUUUAUUCCUCUGCUGUGGCUCCCUCGUUUCUUCUCCCUGCUGUGGGGAGAAGUGGUUGCGGUUGAUUCUCCAGUGCCUCAUCUCUUGCUGGGUGUCGUGGAUGCUUCUUCUGGCCGCUGUUGAUACUGGGUAUAUCUCGGUCACUUAGGGAAAUAUGCGACCUGCUCUCCACCUUGAGACACUGGACGGACCCAGCCACUGCUAUACUGCUGUUGCCACCUCCAUGGCCUGCCUAUUGCUCUCACAGCGCUUUGCACAGCACAAUGAAAUUUAGCCCACUUCACAAUGGGGGAGACAGGGUCCCCUUCUCCUCCUGAAGCCCAUUAUGACACAGAGCCACAAUGUGACCCUGCCCAUUUGCCCCUAGCAAUAGCAGCAGUGUUGGCCACGAUGUGGUUGGACCAGUGUCUCAGGGCAGAGAGCAGGUCACGCAUCUCCCUGAGUGACCAAGGUGCGUCCAGCACCAACAAGGCCGGAAAUAGCCACCCACUGUUUCCUGCUGCAGUCUAUGGGGCAGUGAGACCCAGAUAGAGAUGCGGAACUGGAGAAUCCGAAUCAGAGAGACAAGAGGCACAGGGAGAGACAGACACAGACACAGACACAGACACAGAGAGAAAGGU